AUGGAAUGCACUGAGCUUCAGUCUGUUUCUCUAUAUGAUUGUGAUCUUGAGAAGUUUCAGUAUAUCGGUCCAGAUAUAGAAAUUCGCCUUAACAACCUUUCAAAGAUUAAAGAACUUGACCGUCAACGGGUUAGUGUGAUCUCAUGUGCUGCUUCCACCCUUGUGGUUCUGAAGUUAGACAUUGACCAUCAACGGGAGGAUAUUCCAAUUAAUGUUUCUGGAUUUCCGGUACUACCAAAUGUGAAGACAUUGAACCUGACUUUGCCAACAGAACCUGAUGACACUAUAAUAGAGUAUAUUGAAAUAGGAAAGAAGUGCAGAAGUUUGGAAACGUUUACAAUAUCGCUAUAUUGGUGUGCACCGAUCACAAAGGAAAAAACUAGGUCUAAUAUUUUUGGUCACUAUUUCAAGCAUGUCAAGAUCAGUGGUUAUCGUGGUAUAAGGAGUGACGUUCAGAUUGCUUUGUACGUGAUAGGAAAUGCUGAAAAUAUUACAAUAGAUCCUUCUUGUCAUCCCUAUGAUUUAGUUGGAUUGUCUGAAAGCGAGGCUAUGAAGAGAGAGGAGGCUGGUCGGUUCCAUGCAAAAUCGAAGCUAUCACCAUGUGUUUUUCAUCCACGGGUGAAGUUGGUCGUACUGUAAUCCACUAUUGAGAUGGUUUUGGUUUGUUGCGUCAUAUACUACUUAUUAGCUCUAAUGUCUCCCCGUUGGGUAACUUCCUAGUUAUUAUAAACUACUCCUAUGGAAGCUUGUUAAUGCUUUUGGAUCAUGUUUAGAGAUUUUUUAGUUGGUCGUAUGUUACAUGAGUACCUUUGAAAGAUUCUUAUGCAGUUAUCCUUUGCUUUUGGUGGUUUGCGCU